CCUGAUGUAGCUAAGAUGGCUCCUUGUGCUCGACAAGAAUACCCAGGCCUCUGAUGGUCACCGGGAACAAGUAGGGGACUUGAUCCCAUUAUAUUCGAGUUUCAUAAAUGGACGUUUGGGAAAUUUGAGCUGGUCCUCGGAGGACCGUCCAAUCAUUCUCAUUCGCUACUACAGUAGUCUUGCUGUCACUGCUAUGGCCGUCUUCGAUCUAAUCCUCGGUCCCAUUCUCAUGGGGACUAUGAUGAAUGUUUUGCUUAUGGGUGUCAUGAUUGUGCAAUGCUACGUCUACUUUGAACGGUACAAGGGAGAUAAGCCAUGGAUUAAGGCUACUGUGGGGUUCCUGCUUCUGUUGGAUGCGCUGAGCUCUUCGUUUGGGAUGGCCAUGACGUAUAAUUAUCUCGUCACGAACUUCGGAAACGUUAACGCCAUCCAAGUGACUAACACAGGGAUUGACCCAUACCCUCUGUUGACGGGCAUCACUGCACUUGUCGUUCAAAGCUUUUUCGCUUGGAGGAUCCAGGUUUUGACGAAAAGCAAAUUACUUGCGGCUAUCAUCGCUGCUCUCUCCAUCGUUCAGAUGCGCAAUCUCGGAACAAUGAUCGGCGGCUUGAUCGUCAAGGAAUUCGUGAAGCUUAAGCAAAUCAAACAGAUAUCUCUCAUUUGGCUCUUUGGGUCUGUGGUCACAGAUGCAAUUAUUACUCUCUCCCUUGUGCAAUUCCUGAGAAACAAAAAGACCGGGUUCCCUUCUACAGACCAUUUGACGUCCAAGAUUAUUCGAUCGACAGUUCAAACCGGCCUUCUCACGACAACUGUCGCGUUGGGUGUUGUGAUUGCCUAUCUCGUGUCUGACUCGACUAUGCAUCUUGCCUUCGGACUUCCAUUAUCAAAACUGUACACUAACACCCUUCUAUCGUCCCUUAACGCUCGUGGUGUUUGGAAUCCAGAGGGAUAUACGAUAGCGUCUCACACGACGCUCCAUCUACCUUCAGGCCCCCAGCAAUAUGUUCUGUAUGUCAGCCUUUUCAAUUAUCAACGCUUGGCAGUUGAUGAUACUUUUGCGUUAAAGAAUGAAAACCACGAGAUGAAGACUUACGAAGAGCCUUCGAAGCAUUCGAGCAUCGUCUAG